ACGCUAUACCCAGGCUCCGCCCCCUGCCUUGGAGCCGAGACAGUCGGGCUGCUGAAACUCGGGCCAAUCAGAAGGGAGGCUCCAGGAUGGCAUGGUAGAUGGAACACAGCUGAGAGGUUUGACAAGAUGUACCAGGUCCCACUGCCGCUGGACCGGGAUGGGACCCUGGUCCGGCUCCGCUUCACCCUGGUGGCCCUGGCCACGGUCUGCUGUCCACUUGUCGCCUUCCUCUUCUGCAUCCUCUGGUCCCUGCUCUUCCACUUCAAGGAGACUACGGCCACACACUGUGGGGCCACUCCCUACAGGAUGUUCUCUGCGGCCUCACAGCCCUUGGACCCGGACGGGACUGUGUUCCGGCUCCGCUUCACGGCCAUGAUCUGGUGGGUCAUCACUUUCCCCAUGUUCGGCUUCUUCUUCUGCAUCAUCUGGUCCCUGGUGUUCCACUUUGAGUACACGGUGGCCACUGACUGUGGGGUGCCCAAUUACCUGCCUUCGGUGAGCUCGGCCAUCGGUGGGGAGGUGCCCCAGCGCUACGUGUGGCGCUUCUGCAUCGGCCUGCACUCUGCGCCUCGCUUCCUGGUGGCCUUCGCCUACUGGAACCACUACCUCAGCUGCGCAUCCCCGUGUCCUGGCUACCGCCCGCUUUGCCGCCUCAACUUUGGCCUCAACGUUGUGGAGAACCUCGCGCUGCUAGUGCUCACCUACGUCUCCUCUUCCGAGGACUUCACCAUCCACGAAAAUGCUUUCAUUGUGUUCAUCGCCUCAUCCCUCAGUCACAUGCUCCUCACCUGUAUUCUCUGGCGGCUGACCAAGAAGCACACAGUAAGUCAAGAGGACCGCAAGUCCUACAACUGGAAACAGCGGCUUUUCAUCAUCAACUUCAUCUCCUUCUUCACGGCGCUGGCUGUCUACUUCCGGCACAACAUGUAUUGUGAGGCUGGAGUGUACACCAUUUUUGCCAUCCUGGAGUACACUGUUGUCCUAACCAACAUGGCAUUCCACAUGACGGCCUGGUGGGACUUCGGGAACAAGGAGCUGCUCAUUACCUCCCAGCCUGAGGAAAAGCGAUUCUAAACCCAUUCUCUUCUGCUAGGAAGGAGGCGGUCCACUGCCCAGAAACUAGAAACAAGACCCUGCACUCUGGCCUUCCCCACACCGUGUCCUCUGUGGGCCCUGCUGAAGUGGCGGGGGAGGGCGGGGAGGUGGGGCAGGGCGGAAGAAAGGAGGAAGGGCACAGGACAGGGCUUCAGGCAGCCCUGCGGGCUCCUCCUUUCCCUCACCCCACCUGAAGGCCGAGGAACCUUCAAGCAGCAUCACCCUUAUCUGAGAGGCCCCAGGAGGCUGAGCUAGAAGUAGAGCUCCACCAUCUGGUGCUAAAAAAGGUCCUGAGGUUCACAACCACCACCGGUUCUUGGCCUUUACACAGCUGCCUCUUGCUGAGGUCAGGGACCACUGAACAGUGGCUGCUACCUGAAAACCACAGCCAUUUCUCUCCACCGGGUCAGGUCAUUUGCUUGACUAAUGUGUCUAAUCAUCUCCUG